AUGCUAGUAAAGAAGAACUACCUACCGGUGAAGAAGAACCACCUACCAGGUGAAGAGCGUGCUACACUAAGUGUUCACCAACCCGAUGAAGAAGCACAAGUGACCCCUUCUCUCAUCUCGGUACUCGAAGUAUCUCCUUCAACCGAGAAUAUUCUCGAGACAAAAUCGUGGCAAACCACCCAAGAGAUACUCUCCGAUGAGGAAGAAAGAAGGACUAGAUAUCCAAUUGCAAAUUACGUGUCCACUCGGGGACUAUAG